CUCCGAUGUAAACAUUCAUCAUGGCGACGGCUGUGUUUUGUUUUUUAUUUCUGCUCGAUCUGUUUUUGCACAUAAGAGGAUAUACUGAAGUUCAGCAACUAUCAGAUUCAUGCUACAAACCAAUGAAGGACCACAGACCAUCAUUCAUUAAGACAUACCCCCGGCCUCAUGAAUAUGUAAACGUCUCUGAUCUCCCCGCCUCCUGGGACUGGCGCAACAUUAAUGGCAAAAACUAUGUGAGCGUCACACGCAACCAACACAUCCCUCAGUACUGCGGCUCCUGCUGGGCCAUGGGCUCCACCAGCGCACUCGCAGAUCGCAUCAAUAUCAAGAGGAAGGGGGCGUGGCCUUCUGCUUACCUGUCAGUGCAGAACGUGAUUGACUGUGGCGGGGCGGGCUCAUGCUACGGUGGAGAUCACAUGGGUGUAUACGCUUAUGCACAUGAGCGGGGCAUUCCUGACGAGACAUGCAAUAAUUAUCAGGCCCGAAAUCAAAAAUGUGACUCGUUUAAUCAGUGUGGCACAUGCUCGUUCUUCGGUUCCUGCUCUAUAAUUAAAAACUACACCGUGUGGAAAGUUGGAGACUAUGGAGACGUCUCAGGACGAGAUCGGAUGAAGGCUGAGAUCUACAAAAAUGGGCCAAUCAGCUGUACGAUAAUGGCCACUAAAGGCCUGGAGGCGUAUGAUGGAGGGGUUUUUGCUGAAUUUCACAUCCUCUCUAUGCCGAAUCACAUCAUCUCAGUGGCAGGCUGGGCCGUCACAGAGGACGGGACCGAAUACUGGAUCGUCAGAAACUCCUGGGGCGAGUUCUGGGGAGAGUCAGGCUGGGCCAGGAUCGUCACCAGUGCCUAUAAGGGAGGGAAAGGAAACUGGUACAAUCUUGGAAUCGAGCACAACUGUGCAUACGGAGACCCAGUCGUUACAUAGAUCAGGAAGAGCCUCACACUGACCUGAGAUCAGACCUUAACGACCACGGAGAAAUCCAAUCGAAUUGUUCUGGGUGUAAAUAAGUGUUGUCAUAUCCAAUAUGGGAGAUCUGUCACAUUACAGUCUUUGUAGUAGAGGGAGAAUGGAAAUGAGUGACAGGUGAUACUGAAGUAUUUUAUUAAAAAAUUGCCAAACACUUAAGAGUUUUAAGAAAGGAUAGUUAAUUUAAUUUAACUUUGAAAUAUUGCACAGAAUGAAUCAAGAAGUCCCCUUAGAAUUACACUUCACUAUUGGAUUUAGUUCUAAAGAGAACACUAAAGAAAUGAAACCUUUAUUCUAAAAACAAUUCUGUACUUUUAGCAGUGUAGCAAUUGAAUAGUUUUUUCUCUCUUUAUCUAUUUUAGCCAUCGAGUCAAUCUCUCUAACCUGCUAAAAAGGUCCGAUUUCUCACUUAAAGAAUAUUUUACAAAAAAAAUGAAAUUCAGUUAUGAUUUACUAACCCUCAUUUUCUUCCAAAUUAUGAGUUUAUUUCUGCUGUUAAACACAAAAGAAGAUGUUUUGAAGAGAGUUGGUAAACAAACAGUUGACGACAGCCAAUGCACAGAUCAUAAAGCAUGUAAAUACAUGAAUGUAUGUGUUUGUUAUUAAAUGCCAACAGUACUUUGGGUCUAA